AUGGCUACAGAAGCAAUUCCGACAACACAGCUCCGGCUCGCCUCACCCAACGGCAUCGUCACGCGAACCAUUCUCAAGACUCCGCUUCGCGACGCGCUCCCGUCCGAGAUGCCCAUUAUUGACAUUUCACCUACGUUCAGCCCGUCUCUAGAAGAGCGAAAGGCCGUAGCGCAACAAGUGCGUGCAGCGGCGCAGAACAUGGGCUUCUUCUACAUCAAGAACCACGGCAUCCCGGCGGACGUGACGAGAGAUGCGUACGAGGCCUGCCUGGCGUUUUUCCGACAGGACAAGGAUAUCAAGAUGAGGGCUGAUUCGAGGAAAGCCAAGUGGGAGAAUGGAUAUAGAGCGCCAAAUACGCAGCGCUUGAAUCCUUAUGAGGGGAUCGAUGUGCGAGAGAGCUUUUCGUAUCGGUACGAUCCCCGAUACGACGAUACCGUUGGGGAACAGGGACUGGGUGAGAUUCCGGAAGAGGUGAGGCGGUAUCUACGAUGCGAGGAGUAUCCGUGGGAGAAGACGCGGAAUCUGCCGCAGCUGAAGGAGAGCUUGACGAGGCAUAUCGGGGAGUGCUUGAGGCUGGCGAGGGCGCUGACGAGGUGUUUUGCUUUGGGGCUGGGACUGGAUGAGGGUUGUUUUGAUGGGAAGGUGAGGUAUCCCGAUGCGUCGUAUGGGUUGAAUUACUAUCCUCCCCUUGAGCGGCGCACGGGCGAUGCAGCCGAUAAUGAGAGGGUGUCGAUUGGGUCGCAUACGGACUUUCAGUUGUUUACAAUCUUAUGGCAGGAUUCACAGGGCGGGCUAGAGGUUCUCAACAAGCAGGGCCAGUGGCUGCGGGCGCGGCCGAUGGAGGGCACGCUGGUGGUGAAUCUGGGGGACUUGAUGCAGCGGAUUACGAAUGACGAGUAUGUGAGCACUGUCCAUCGGGCGAGGAACCGGAGCGGGAGGGAGAGGGUUAGCAUUCCGUUUUUCUGGGGGUUUGGGUUGCAUGAGACGUGUGGUGUUGUUGUUGGCGGGGAGGGGGAGAAGAGGUAUGGGGAUGUGAGGUGUGAGGAGUGGGUUGCGAGGAGGAUUCGGGACAUGAAGAGCGUUGGGGAUAUGAUUUGA